AACGUGCUGUGUUGGGAUGUGUGCUGCAAUUGGUCCAGCCCUCUCAUGCAGGAGUGUAACAUCAGAGCCUCUCUACUUUGAAGGAGGCACUUAGCUGUGCAGGACUCCGCUGAAGCCAAUGAUGAAGUCCCAGGCAGGCGCCACGGCGUUACUGCUGCCAAUCGCCUUGUGUCUUGGCUUGGUCCGCAUCUGUAAUGGAGCAGCUAUUUCAAUUUCAUGUGGGUCCAUCUACAAGAGUUUUGCCCAGUGUUUGCUGACACUCGGGGACAGUUUGGUGGACACACAAAAAGAUCAGGACAUGCAGGACAUUGAUGCUAUCUGCAGGUCUUGGAAUGACUUCCAUGUUUGUGCCAACACAGCCAUGUCUGGCUGCCCCAGAGAAGCAGCAGCAGUGUGGGAGUCCCUAAGACAAGAGUCCAGGAAGGCCCAGUUCUCUGGAAACCUCUAUGACAUGUGUGCCAGCCUCACCACCCUGGCUCCCAGCACCGUGCCUGCACCCCUGACCCCUCCCACCUCAGAACAGACCAAUCAGGAAACACUAAAGGGUCGAACGUACCAAUGGCGCCCUGCCCUCACUAUGACGCUCUUUCCAAUAUGUAGCACUUUGUUAAUGCAGCUCAGGCUCUAGUUAAGUCUUAAUCAUUUGUACUCAUGUUUGCUCAGAGACAUUUGUUUUGUUUGUUUGCACUUGUUUAUUUUAUUCUUGCAUAUAUUAUUACUUUGUUUAUGCCAUGAGUGUUGACAGAAAUGCAUCUUUAACAAGAUAAAGAUGAUCAUAGCUUUAUUUUAAUUUAAUUUUUCAAUCACACAGUGGAUUUUGACCCUGGGCUCACAGGUCGGUCGCAUUUGUGAUUAUAGGUCUCAAUACCAAAAUCAAGAAUCUAGAGACAGAAUCAGAAAGACAUAUUGUUUCUUUUGUUUCAGCUUUGAAAUAUAUUUUAGUACCAUCAGAUGAAAUCCUAGAGAAGUUGACCUAAUUUAAGAAAUGCAACUUUCAGCUUUUAAAUGAACAACAGCUAAUGUCACUAAUGUUAAUUCAUGUAAACAAUUAAGAUGAUAUAGUACAUUUAUAAUACAUACAUUAAAAAAUAUGUACGGAAAUGUAUUUUAUUUUUCCCAUCUAAUAUAUGGGCAGAACAGGGGUUAGUGCGUGUGCCUCACAAUAAGAAGGUCCUGGGUUCAAUCCCUGGGCUCGGGGUCUUUCUGUGUUAAGUUUGCAUGUUCACCCCAUGACUGCGUGGGUUCUGUCCGGGUACUCCGGCUUCCUCUCACCUCCAAAAACAUGCACCUGGGGAUAGGUUGAUUGGCAUCACCAAGUGUGUGUUGUUUGUCUAUCUGUGUUGGCCCUGUGAUGAGGUGGCGACUUGUCAAGGGUGUACCCCGCCUUCCGCCCGAGUGCAGCUGGGAUAGGCUCCAGCACCCCUCGCGAUCCCGAAAGGGACAAGUGGUAGAAAAUGGACAGAUGGAUAGAUGGCAUUUAAUAUACAGUAUACAUAAGAGCACAAAUUAAUUGUUAUAUACAGUACAGGCCAAACGUUUGGACACACCUUCUCAUUUCAAUGCGUUUUCUUUAUUGUCAUGACUACUUACAUUGUAGAUUGUCACUGAAGGCAUCCAAACUAUGACACCUGUGAAGUGAAAACAAUUUCAAAUGACUACCUCUUCAAGCUCAUCGAGAGAAUGCCACGAGUGUGCAAAGCAGUAAUCAGAGCAAAAGGUGGCGAUUUUGAAGAAACUAGAAUAUAAAACAUGUUUUCAGUUAUUUCACCUUUUUUUGUUAAAUACAUACAUCCACAUGUUUUCAUUCAUAGUUUUGAUGCCUUCAGUGACAAUCUACAAUGUAAAUAGUCACGAAAAUAAAUAAAACGCAUUGAAUCAGGAGAAGGUGUGUCCAAACUUUUGGCCUGUACUGUAUAUAUAAAUGUACUAAAUGAUACUCUUUAGCCCGGCAAAAAAAAUUGAUAAAUGUAUAUUUACGAUAACAUUACAAAAAAGUUUUAGCUUUUUGAGAUUUAACUUUUGGUGGGGAUAUUUUUUCUGUGCGCGCGUGCAGUCUUAAUACUCUUAAAACGGUUUCAUAACAAUCGUGGCAUGAGUAGAUUAAUCUCGUCUGUCGUUAUUCAUCCACUGCUGUGCAGCAUGCUACAGUGCUCCUCCAAAACCAAAGAAACAGUCUUGAGCCCUCAGAGGACCUGUGUGGCAGACUCAGAGCAAAGAGGAGCACUUGCCAUUGUCACUAACAUGACGCCAUGUGAGAUCACGUGACGGCUAAUACAUUUUUAAAAAAAAAUGUCGGUCAGAAGUGAGCGCGCCAACACUGCAGUAGGAAGAAUAUUAAGAAGUAGCAGCUGCUGCUGAACCAGCCAUUGUGUCCUGUUAUAUAAAAGAUUCACUUACAAUAAAGUCAAUGCAGGCUGGCACCAUGCAGUGUCUGCAUAAUAACACAAACAAGGUCAGUCAUUAUUUUAACUCACUUUUAUGUACUUCAACUAAGUUGAUUAAAGGUGUAAAGAAAUGAUAGCAGUGUUGAUGUGGCUUAAGCUUGGCUACAUGUUAAAGGUAUUUUUGUGCAAUUUACUAGAACUCACAUUAUGACAUGCUGUCAACAUGUUGAGCAAUAAUCUACAGUAUUUAUGAAUAAUCUCAUGAAUACACACUACAUUAAUCCGUAUGGAACUUCCCAAAACAUUCGCAAGUGAAAAAGUACUCUGAGAUCACAGUUUGAAGACCUCCACCCCAAAUAGUUAAAAAGUUCUUAAUCUUGACGAUGAACCGGAUCACCCCCCAAAUGUAGUCACUUGUUCCUUAUAUCAGUGGUUCUCAAAUGGGGGUACGUGUACCCCUGGGGGUACUUGAAGGUAUGCCAAGGGGUACGUGAGAUUUUUUUUAAAUAUUCUAAAAAUAGCAACAAUUCAAAAAUCCUUUAUACAUAUAUUUAUUGAAUAAUACUUCAACAAAAUAUGAAUGAAAGUUCAUAAACUCAGUAAAGCACAAGCUCAGGUUUCUCACUAAAAUGUCUGUCAAAAAUAACUGAAAAGAAAUGCAACAAUGCAAUAUUCAGUGUUGACAGCUAGAUUUUUUGUGGACAUGUUCCAUAUAUAUUGAUGUUAAGGAUUUCUUUUUUUGUGAAGAAAUGUUUAGAAUUAAGUUCAUGAAUCCAGAUGGAUCUCUAUUACAAUACCUAAAGAGGGCACUUUAAGUUGAUGAUUACUUCAAUGUGUAGAAAUCUUUAUUUAUAGUUGAACCACUUGUUUAUUUUUCAACAAGUUUUUUGUUAUUUUUAUAUCUUUUUUUCCAAAUAGUUCAAGAAAGACCACAACAAAUGAGCAAUAUUUUGCACUGUUAUACAAUUGAAUAAGUCAGAAACUGAUGACAUAGUGCUGUAUUUUACUUCUUUAUCUCUUUUUUUUCAACCAAAAAUGCUUUGCUCUGAUUAGGGGGUACUUGAAUUAAAAAAAUGUUCACAGGGGGUACAUCACUGAAAAAAGGUUGAGAACCACUGCCUUAUAUCAUAUUUGACAUUUCCUGACACUUUAGUCAAAAGGUGCCCAUCACCUUUUGAGCUAUAUACAGUGGAAUGAAAGAAACAGAGUGAACCCUCUUGACAGUCAUCCAAUGUCUUUGUCUCUGUGGGUGGAGGCAGGGCCACAAGCAUAUACACAUGGAAGUUAAAGCUUGUAACGUAAACGUACGGUAACGUGGUAGAAAUUAUCUGGAUCAGCACCAAAAUUUAAUGACUUGUUUCUUAAUCCAUUUUGAACAUUUCCUGAAAGUUUAGUCAAAAUGUGCUUGUAACUUUUUGGGUUAUCUAUUGUGUAAUGAAAGAAAGGGAGUGAACCCUCUCUUCAGUCCUCCACUGUCUUUGUCGGGCUGCUAAAACACACACACUCACACACACACACACACACACACACACACACACACACACACACACACACACACACACACACACACACACACACACACACACACACACACACACACACACACACACACACACACCAAUGUAAACAUAA